AGAAGCACACUGAACUUUCCAGUAAAUGGUUGUGCAGGGGAGGUGUGUCAGGACAAGUCUGAUCCAGGGGCGGACUGACCAUUUAGCCACUCUGGCACUGCCCGAGGGCCCAGGGGUCAGUAGGGGGCCCCAUGAGAUGCCCCUGGUACCUUUUUCAUAGGCUUUUUUGAGUUUGGGCAAGGACACAGGGGCCCCAUGAUCCCCUAUUGCCCAGGGGCCCCAUGAGUUGUCAGUCCGCCCCUGGUUAUUAAUGUAUGGUGAACUUUAGUUUGUUGUUAACAGUUGC